AUGGCUGCCGCAGCGUCUGUUAGCGCAGCUGCCGGGGACCAAAGCGGAGACUCAGGGCUCAUUUACGCUUCCCGUCCGCCCCAUGAAUACCUCGACAACGCCGCGGACCAGGGUUUAUGGAGAACCGGGGAGGGCCGGCGGCCCAACGAAGUGGAACCGGGCAAAGAGGACUCUCGGACCCAGGGACGCGAAUGUCAGCGGACGUUGGAAGAAGAUCAGGCACCGCUAAGCCCAGAAGAAAUUGAGGGCCGGUUGGAAAGAACUCGCCGGGAGUUUUACAAUCGUCGAAAGAUAAUUAUUAAAAACUUGCCCUCGGACGUUAGCAACCAGGAAGUCCAUGAGCUUUUGACCAAAUUUGACCUGAAGUACUGCUUUGUCGACAAGUACAAGGGCACAGCGUUUAUCACCCUGCUGAAUGGAGAACAGGCGCAGCGGUCUAUUAAAGAGUUUCACCAACACGUGCUAAGGGACAGGGAGAUCUCCGUACAGCUCCAGCCCACAGAUGCCCUGCUCUGCAUCGCCAACUUGCCCCGAGCUUUUACCCAGCAGCAGUUUGAGGAAUUGGUGCGGCCCUUUGGCAACCUAGAGCGCUGCUUCCUGAUCUACAGCGCCUCUUCUGGCCACUCCAAGGGUUAUGGGUUUGUGGAGUAUAUGAAGAAGGACUCGGCAGCCCGUGCCAAGUCGGAGCUUUUGGGAAAGCAGCUCGGCUCGCGCAUGCUCUAUGUCCACUGGACUGAGGUGGGAUUGCUCACGUACCCACUGUUGCACUCCAAAUGUGUGUGUGUCGACAGCCUACCCCCAAACCUACUGACCGCCCAGGACCUCCGCAACGCGCUGUCCGACAGCCACGCGCCAGUCUUCUGCCAGUUGGCUCAAGGACAAGAUGGAAGCUUUCGGCGCUUUGCAGUUCUAGAGUUUGCCACCCCAGAGAUGGCAGAAGAGGUGCAGAGACUGACCGACGGCAGACUGCUCGGUGGGACGCACAUCAGGGUGUCCUUCUGUGCCCCCGGCCCACCUGGAAGAAGCAUGUUGGCUGCGCUAAUUGCCGCCCAAACCAUGGCUGUAAACCGAGGCAAGGGUCUUCUGCCUGACCCCACAGCCAUGCAGAUCCUUACCAGCCUGAGUAACCCGGCCACCCUCAAGAUGCUGCUCAACUCAACUCUGACACAAGGGCAAAAACAGGGGCUCCUCGGGCCGUCACCCACAAUACCACUGCUGGCCAACCCAGCACUCUCUGCUGCCCUGCUCCAGCUGCUCCUUCAGAACCAGGCCAAGGCCCAGCAGGCAGGACUCAUGGCGGAGAAUCCUUUGGCUCCGUUGCCCGUCCAGCAGGGAUUCCAUCUGCUUGGAGACCUCCCACAAGUUGUCCCAGGUCUUGGUCUUCAGACGUCCCUAAAUUCAAUGCCUCUUGGCAGAACUCUAAGCAGAGAGCAGGAGUCUCCCACAGCCUUCACACAGACGUCCUCCCUGCAGGGACUCUCCAUGCCCUUGAUGGGCGGCACGAUGGGGGCAGAUGGUAUCGCACCGCAAGGGGUUUCCCUGUUAGGAGAUCCUCCCAAGGAGUUGCCUCUCCCCCAGAAUGCCUUCCUUGGUGGCAGUUUUUCUUCAGGAGGAAACUGUCGUCCUCACCCCUACAGGAAGAGGCCCACACUGAGCAACGUGUCCAACCAGCUGGCCAACCACAACCUGCAGCCGUCGUACAACUUGCGCCACCAGAUGCGCUAUCAAGAGACCUACAGCUUUGAAUACCCGGCUUUGAACCAGGAUGCUCUGCCUCACUUGUACGAACAGCAGGAGAACCUUGGCAUCGGGGCCUUUGAAGCGCUCGGACAGCAGCCAUCUCACAACGUUGACUUCAGCAAGCAGCUCCCCAGCUACGGCUACCCACCCAGCCCCCCCGCGUCUGCUUAUUUCAGCUCCGAACCUGAAGCCUCCACCGACGGAAGCCACCUGCCUUCCCAACUCAACAGGGCUGUAGGAAGGCCGCCAGUGAGUCACGCCAGCGACUAUCAACCCACUGUGGGGAAUAUGAUGAAGACUCCUAUUGGCUGCCACAAGCGCGACUUCUCUCGUCUGAUCCCAUCCCCGGAGCCGAGUCCCGAGGGCGGCUACGUCGGCCAACACUCUCAGGGUCUGGGCGGACACUACGCCGACUCCUACCUGAAGAGGAAGCGCAUCUUCUAAUAUCGUUCACCGCUCGUCCAAAUAGCCCGGACACAAAGUUCAGCCCUACUUCUGUGACUGACCUCCAGGGGGCAGUAGGGAGUCCAGCCUCUCACUAUUUGAACCUUAUUUUGUGGUAACUCUGGUUAUAUGCGUGUGUGUGUAAAUAUGAUUUUAGUUUGUUAAAUUAUAUAUUUUUUUUUAAAUUACCUAAUCUUUUUAUUUGAGUUUUAGUUUUUUUUUUUUGUUGAUAAUCUUGUACAGUGAGAAAAUAUGGAUAUUUAGAAAAUGAUUUUUUUUUUUUUUUUUUCUUUUUUCCUUCAUUUCCUAUGUUGAUUAUCAGUGUGAUUAUCAGCGGUGCCACAUAGUUUGGCCAGUUUUCAAGGGCUUUUAUUUUGUUAAAGGGGGUGGGGGGGCUUCAACAAUUUCAGCUUUACCUCAGCAAGGUCUCUUUUGAAGAAGUAUUUCAAUGUAAAAAGUUGAGUUGCAGUUUUAUGAUGUUUGUGUGUGUGUUUUCUGUCCCCCCCACCCCCUCCCUUACCACCAAUUUUAGUAUUGUAUUGUGAUGAAAGACUUUUCUGGAUUCGAGUUUCUUCCUCACCGGUUCACGUUCAGAUCUCUAUCCGGCUGCACGUACUUGAAAGUUUCCUCCUUUAAAUUCCUUUUCAAACAUUCAGCUUUUCCACGUUGUCUUCUCUUUUUUUUUUUUUUUUUUUUUUUUUUUUUUU